AUACGAAUCCAGCAUGGCGGUGGAAGGCGAGUUGUUGUGUUUCGUGACACUUCUCGCAGGUUUACACAGAUCAUAUGGCAUAAUUUACCAACAACCUGAGCAGAUACACCUGUCAUAUGGACGUGACCCUACCCAGAUGAUAGUGACAUGGAGCACUGUAAACUCCACAAACUCUUCCAUCGUGAAAUAUGGCCUGAGUCCGGCCUCCGUCAACCAGCAGGCCACUGGCUACAGCACCCACUUUGUGGACGGGGGGACGGAGCACAGGGCCCAGUACAUACACAGAGUUGUCAUCACUGGGCUUACUCCCGGACAGAAAUACUAUUAUCACUGUGGAAGCUCCUAUGGCUGGAGUGAUCCAUUCAACUUUACUGCCAUGCCAAAGGGGAAUAACUGGAGCCCUCGCUUGGUCAUGUACGGUGACAUGGGCAACGUCAACGCCCAGUCUCUGCCCCGCCUACAGAGAGAGGUGGAUAUGUAUGAUGCUGUACUACAUGUAGGAGACUUGGCCUAUGAUUUGGAUGCGAACAACAGUCGAAUAGGAGAUGCGUUCAUGAAACAGAUUCAGACCAUCGCUGGUUAUCUCCCUUACAUGACCUGCCCUGGCAACCAUGAAAACACGUACAACUUCUCCAACUACAAGAACAGAUUCACCAUGCCAUUUGAUGAACAGUCAGAGCACAUGUUCUACAGUUUUGACAUCGGGCCGGCCCACAUUAUCUCGCUCAGCACAGAGUAUUACUACUUUCUAGAGUAUGGGUUCGGGCAGCUAUUGAUGCAGUACGAGUGGUUGGAUCAGGACCUCAAGAAAGCGAAUCUGCCCGAGAACCGAGCAGAGCGGCCGUGGAUCAUCACGAUGGGGCACAGACCCAUGUACUGCUCCAACAAUGACACGGAUGACUGCACAAAGAAUGAAACUUUGGUGAGGGUAGGCAUCCCAUUCAUCCAUAUUGGCGGCCUGGAACACAUGUUUGACAAGUACGGCGUUGACGUGGCGCUGUGGGCUCAUGAACACUCUUACGAACGCCUGUGGCCCAUCUACAACAGGAAGGUGUACAACGGCAGCUACGACCACCCAUACACCAACCCGGGGGCCCCCGUACACAUUGUCACAGGGUCAGCGGGGUGCAAAGAGAGGCUUGACCCCUUUAACCCAAACCUGAAUCCUUGGUCAGCGUACCGCGCCUCCGACUACGGCUACACGCGCAUGACCAUCCACAACCACACCCACAUUGACUUCCAACAGGUGUCUGACGACAAGAAUGGUGAGAUCAUUGAUAGCUUCACUCUCAUUAAAGACAAACACGAACCGUACGGCCUAGGCAAUGCCUAACUAGAUGUCCUCCAUCAACCAUCAAAACAGCUGAAGUCAUUGUUAUCCUUGCAUUGUUAUGUAGUGAAUCUGGUUGAGGUAUAUGUGAAUUAUUAUGAGGGAUUUUGGUUUUAUGUCGAUUUUAGCAAUAUUCCAGCAAUAUCAUGGUGGGGAUCCCUAAACGGGCUUCAUACAUUCUACCCAUGUCGGGCAACGAACCCGGGUCUUCGAUGUGACGAGCGAACGCUUUAACCACAAGGCUACCCGACCGACCCAUGUGAAUUAUAUGUCAUGUGGAUGAAAGUGGAUGGGACCAGUGGAUGAUGAUUGGAACUCGGGGGGCAGGAAACAUUAAAGACCCACAUUUAUUCUAAGAGUGAAUUUUAACGAGGUAGUGUUGCUGCCACUGUGUCCUAACGAUUGAAUCAUUGGUCUUUGUAUCAGUCACAGGUUUGUCUGUCCAUCACAGGCCACUUUGACAUAGCUGACCUCUGCGUAAAACAACAUUCAUUCACUAGAGCCUGGAGGAGGUUAUGGUGUUUGUGACAGGGCCAAGUAUUGCAGUGGUGAUAAGAGUCAUGUAUUUUUGACCCAAGACUGAUAGUGAUAAGAGUAAUGUAUUCUUGACUGACUUUUGAUAGUGACGAGAGUAAUGUAUUCUUGGCCCAGACAGUAAUGUAUUCUUGACCCAAGACAGAUAGUGACUAGAGUAAUAUAUUCUUGACCCAAGACUGAUAGUGACAAGAGUAAUGUAUUCUUGACCCAAGACUGAUAGUGACAAGAGUAAUGUAUUCUUGACCCAAGACUGAUAGUGACAAGAGUAAUGUAUUCUUGACCAAAAACUGAUAGUGACAAGAGUAAUGUAUUCUUGGCCCAGACAGUAAUGUAUUCUUGACCCAAGACUGAUAGUGCCAAGAGUAAUGUAUUCUUGACCAAAAACUGAUAGUGACAAGAGUAAUGUAUUCUUGACCAAAGACUGAUAGUGCCAAGAGUAAUGAUUUCUUGACCCAGACAGUAAUGUAUUCUUGACCAAAGACUGAUAGUGACAAGAGUAAUGUAUUCUUGACCCAGACAGUAAUGUAUUCUUGACCAAAGACUGAUAGUGACAAGAGUAAUGUAUUCUUGACCCAAGACUGUAACCUACAUUUUUGUAUUCAAGUCAGUCCCCAUAUGAACAAACAUGACAUAUAUUUCUAUGGUGAAUAUUACACAACUUGUUUAUGAUUUCAUACCAGUUCAUAUCCAGUUGGGAUGUAGGCCUUGUAUUGUUUAGCAAUGUUUAACAAUGUAUCUGUGUACAUUUGAUUAUUGGAGUACUGUGUCAUAUAACAUAAUACAUCAGUGUAUUGUACGCUGUACACUCGGGUAUCAAGAAAUUCAUUCCACCUGUCCUUCAGCAUUAGGAGAGGGUUGGCUCCAGCAAUGAAAUGGCUACAUGAUUGCUAGAACAUACAAAGCUUUCAUUCACUAAAUAUUGUGUGUUUGACUGUUUAAGGCUGUGAUUGUCCGAACGAGACGAAUCUCCCACCUCGCUUUUCCUCUAGUCAUAACCAAAAUUGUAAAAGUCAAAAUUGACAUUUAUCUUAAAGCUCUCAACGCUACUGUCGAACCAGUUUGACAGAGAGUGUCACUAUCCGUGUUGCUACUGUCAAACCAGUUCAACAUGUGUGUCACUAGCCCUGUUGCUACUGUCGAACCAGUUGGAGAUUACUUAAAUCUGUGAAUACACGUAUAAAAGUAAUGUUUACAUAUCAUUUGUACGUACAUGUGGUCUUCGGAAUAUAAUCUAGUUAUUUGUUUGAAAAAAUUGAUAUUUUUUUUGUAUUCCUAGUAUAUCUGUUAAUAGGAAGUAACAUAAGUUUCAAAUAUGCUUUCUUUGCCAAAGAAUUGUGUGACUUUAUUAAGUUUUACCGGUACUUAAACUGACUUUUAAUGGUAUGUUUGUUUAUAUAUUUACUGAACAUGUUUUUUACUGUUAUUGUGAUAUGUAUUUGACUUUUUGUGUUAUGAAAAUGGUUUUGAGGUUGUCUGGUGCAUUGUGCUUUUUGCAUCGGAGCUUUUAGUCAAGUUUUUUAUUAUAAAUAUGAUGGUGCAAAUAUACAUAUAUUCAGCCACACAUGUACAUCUCAUCCAAUUCUCCACAUUUUAAUACAGAGCUCAUUUGACACUAUUGUACAGAGUAUGGCAAGACCUAUGUGAAACGAUUUUGAAAAGAAACUGUUUUCUUAGACGUUAUUUGUUUUGUAUGAUUCAUGAUUCAUGAUUGAUGAAAACUAUUGUUGUUUUCGAAGUACAUGUAUGUCUUCUUGAAAAACUUACCAGUGUAGCAAAGUGUGCCAUUCCACUUUUAUUCGCUGUGCAGAGAACCUAUGAUUGUGGGUUUGAAUCCUGGUUCGCACCAAUUAAGUUUCUAGGUUUGUCAGCACCAUACCCGUGCUCGUGGGUUUCACCAAAGUGGUAAACGUUAAGAUCUGCAUCACUUAGGGCUUUCCUCCCACAUUAAGCUGACAUGCUGCGAUAUAACUGGAAUACUGUUGAAAGCGGUGUUAAACCCAACUCACUCACUCUAAGGUGAAAUUGAUUGCAACACUCGAGGCAUUUGCAUUAGUGAAGAGAUCCAUAUCAACCACAGAGAGCAGCCAUAGAAAUUCGUUUUUAAGACUUUUCCAGAGAACUAGUGGAGACUAUAUUUCCCUAUCUUUCUUAUCUACCCAAGACAAUAAAUGUUUUACUAUGUUUACAUUUUUUAUCACUUUUAUUCAGUUCAGUUUGUAACAAAAUUGAAACAUUGAGAACUGGUUCAGUAUUAUAACCCUCAAAUGCUGCUAGUCAAUGGGGACUUCCCUACCAUCACUUGAGUUUUCUUGUCCUCACGACUGUGUAGUGGUCUAGUGUGGAUUUUGAAGACUGAGAGAGGAGCUAACUUACUGACACCAAAGGGUCUACGAACACAAUGCACUUUACACUUAACAAUAUGGCAAAAUCUAGGACCAGUACUUCCUCCCUUCAUCAACAUCGAAUCAUCCUUCAUCGUAAAAUCUUCCCUAUGUAUUUUUUAAAACAUAUUUGUUCUUAAUAAGUGGCGGUCGCGGGUAUCAAUAUACUGACUUGUGUGAACUUUGUAACAUAUCAUUUUGUUCAAUGAUAGCCAUGUUAUGGAGUUGAGUUAAUAUUCUUUAACAUGUUCUGCCAUGUUUAUUUCUGUAUUACUCGCUUCUGUACGGAGAAACUGAUUUAUUGUUGCUUGUUUCAUGCUAUGAAUAAAUUUCUUAAUUUUG